AUGGAUAAAAAGAAAGAGAAAAAAGAAAAAGAAAUAGAGAAAAGAAGACGUAGGAAAAAAAAAGAGAAAGAAAAAAGAAAAAAAAUAAUAAAAGGGCGAAAGAAGGAAAGAGGAAAAAAAAAAAAACAAAAGAGAAAGAAAGAAAAAAAAAAGGAAAAAAAGAAAAAAGGAACAGGAAAGAAAGAAAAAGAAGAAGAAAAAGAAAGAAGAAAGAAGGAAAAGAAAAGAAUAUAA